UCCGCUGCUCCACGCCCUCUCCACCGCCCACUGGGCGCCGCUGGCUAGGCGGGCCAUCGAGUAAGCCUCCAGGAGGGUAGAGUGACGACUCAAUCGGAAAUUGCCGCUGAAGCUAAGGCAGCCAUAACUGAUAAUGGCAACGGAGUUUUCUGGCUUCCUGUCUACAGUGUGACGUAGAUUUCCCUUCGCCCAAUCUCUCCGUUGCCCUGGGCAACAGUUGAGCCGCAGGGAAGAGAAGCAUCGGCUUGAAUCAAAAACUGUCAGUUGGAUGGCUAAAGCUGCGGGGGACGGGCAGGGGUGGAGGGCGGCGGAGAGAGACCAGGAGAACUUCAAGGAAAAAACUAUAUCCAACAAUUCAGAUAUGGCAGAAAUGAAGUCCAUGUUCCGGGAAGUUCUUCCAAAACAAGGGCAGUUGUCUGUGGAAGAUAUAACCACAAUGGUGCUGUGUAAACCCAAACUUUUACCCUUAAAAUCUCUGACUCUGGAAAAACUGGAGAAAAUGCAGCAAGCUGCACAGGAUACAGUUCGCCAACAAGAAAUGGAAGAAAAGGAACAGCAGCAAAUAACUGAGUGAUAACUUAGCACUUGUACAGAACACUCUACCUUAUUGUAAUAGCAAGAAAAUUAUCUGUAUGCUGAAAGUAGUAUGUGUCAAUAAAACUGAUCGUAUUUAUGUAAACAAUAUAAAAAUACCUGACUAAUGAAACUUGUGAAUUUAAACAUUCUGGUUUGAAGAUCAUUUUAAAACUCUGAACCCAAAUUUUAUGCGUUUUACCCAAGUUGUUUGAACUGCAAAUUAUUGUUCACCAUUCCUAUCAGUUUAGUUUUAUCGAUAAUAUUCUUAAGUACAAAUGACUAAACGUAACUUUGAUAUUCAGAGAACAUUUACAUGUUAAUUAAAAACUGAGCCUUAAGAUACAUUCUAAUCUUGCAUUGUGGAAUUGUAAAACGUUUUUAAUGAAUUUUGUCAUGUUUAAGUCUAUCUUGCCUGACCAACUAAUCCCACCAGUAAUGACAGACUAUAUUAAAAUAAAUUUUUUUUUAAGAAACCCUCA